AUGCGCUUAGGAGACAUACAACCUGUAACGCCUUCCGGUACCAAUCUAGGGGAUGAUGAUCCAUACGCUAAGGAGACAUACAAUCAUGUAACGCCUUCCGGAGCGAAUCUAAGAAAUAAUGAUCCAUACGCUAAGGAGACAUACAAUAAUGUAACGCCUUCCUGUACGAAUUUAGGGGAUGAUGAUCCAUACGCUAAGGAGACAUACAACCCUGUAACGCCUUCCUGUACGAAUCUAUGGGAUGAUGAUUCAUACGCUAAGGAGACAUACAAUCAUGUAACGCCUUCCGAAGGUCUAGGGGAUGAUGAUCCAUACGCUAAGGAGACAUACAAUCAUGUAACGCCUUCCUGUAAGAAUUUAGGGGAUGAUGGUCUGUACGCUAAGGAGACAUACAACCAUGAGACAUACAACCCUGUAACGUCUUCCGGUACCAAUCUAGGGGAUGAUGAUUCAUACGCAAAGGAGACAUACAAUCAUGUAACGCCUUCCGGUACCAAUCUUGGGGAUGGUGAUCCAUACGCUAAGGAGACAUACAACCAUGAAACAUUCAACCCUGUAACGCCUUCCUGUACCAAUCUAGGGGAUGAUGAUCCAUACGCUAAGGAGACAUACAAUCAUGUAACGCCUUACGGAGCGAAUCUAAGGGAUGAUGAUCCAUACGCUAAGGAGACAUACAACCCUGUAACACCUUCCUGUACGAAUCUAGGGGAUGAUGAUCUAGACGCUUAG